AUGCCCCUCCCACAGUACACCUACAACGGUCCAAUCGACCACACUAUCAUCCCUAAUCGCCACAACGUCAAAGGAAAAUCAGUCAUUAUCACGGGCGGUGCCAAUGGCAUGGGCGAGACAUGUGUGCGAGCCUUCGUCGCAGCCGGUGCUUUUGUUACGUUCGGCGAUGUCAAUGCCAGGGGCAAAGACAUCGAGAAAGAGCUGAAUGCAAACGGCGCGUGUUGUACGUUUGUGGAGUGCGAUAUCAGGGACUGGAAUCAGCAGAAGGCAAUGUUCGAGACCGCCAAAAGCCAAAGUCCUUCCAAAAGCGUAGACAUCGUCAUUGCGAACGCUGGUAUUAGUCGAAGUUCGGGGGACAGCCUAUGGAAUCUGGAUGAUCCAAAUGGAGAGCCGGUCAAGCCUAAUCUCAAUAUCGUUAAUGUCAACCUCAAGGGCUCCUUCUACACAUAG